CCGCAACAUUUCGACGGCGAUGGCUUGAAAAUCGAGGACACCACCAGCAAGAUCGACGCAAGGAUCCCAUCCACCUCGCUGCCCAAAAUGACGGAGGGAUCCGGAAGCAACGACAGUGAUGCUCCUUCCGGUUGCCUGCUGCUGGAUUUCCUGCCCCGGGAAUUGCUGGCGGGAUCCAUAUUGGCCCGCUUUCUCGAUGGAAGGGCCCUUGCCAAUUUCUGGUGUGCGACCAUGUCCAAGAGGGAAAUGCUCGUCCGCCGCAGCAGCCCGAGAAAGCUGCGCAGCAAGAGAAACUCGCCGCUGUCGAUGGUGGAAGAGAUCCUGCAGGUUGCGCGUUACCGCAGAGCCAAGCUGACGGAAGACGGAGCCGGCGGCAACGACGAGGACGAGAACGAGAACCAGACCGACUCUCAUCGUUUCCGCCUGCGGAGCCGCGUCUUCAUGGCCUUUGAGGAGGCCGCGGAAACAAAAAAGGCGACGGGAAACGAUGCGGAUCGAUGCGGCGGCAGUGGCGAGAAAUUGGGUGUAAGCGAGAGAGACACUGAGCACCACUUUAACCUGGCGGAAUUUCUCCGCCUCUCGAGAAGGACCUUUGCAAGCCUUUCUGCCAUGGACUACUGCGAAACCGUCGCACAAAACCUGAUCUGGACCGGCGUCGUAACGAUCCGUGGCGUCGAUCACCGCAAAACGACGAUAUGGGCCGUGCUUGUGGUCGAUCCGUGGAGGUGGUCGAUGAAAGAAAUCCGGUUGUGGAGGAACGCGUCGACCUCCCGGGCAUCCGCUUGUUCCACAUCCGCGGCGCAGACGGGACCGCCUGCCAUCGAGGCACGGGUGGUACCCCACAAUUUUCUCCCGGUGGGCCCCAACCGCGGCCGCUUGGUGGGCGUCACGGAGGCCGAUCGGAUUGCCCUGGGAAGGAUUUCCGCGGAUCUGAGCGAGAGCGGGCUGGUGGCGAGGUUCUCCUGCGUGACCACCAACACCGGGGCGGCCUUGACCGGGAACGCAAUUACCGAUACAAACUCGGACCACCGCAACGCCAACAGCGGCGGCCAGUUCACGGUCAAGCUGAUGGCCUUUGAUCAGGCCCAGGAGAAACUGGACACGGUCUUUCGCCGGGGCAGGGAGCCGGGGGGGAUCCCUCUGAGCGACGAAAAGAAAGGCAUGAGUCUCGAUCUCGAUCGACACCGCAAGAAAGCGCUCGGUGGUGCCAAACAACAGCGGUACCCACAAGUCGACACGAACAACAGUUGCAUCGAUUAUGGCAGCGAUUUAGAACUCAACCACGACGACCACAGUCUGCUGUGCUGCUGGAGUCACGAAUUUCUAUGGGAGGAGUCCCGAAACUUUGCCGUGGAAACCUCGCACGCGUUGCGCUAUUUGGCCAACGACUAUGCGGCGCUGGAGUGGUAGGCCAAAAAAGACGCCAAGAACCAAAAACAGGAAACAAAUGAACAAACAAGCA